AUGUCUAAACUCACGCCUGCUCUCGUGAGCCAGUUGCAUCCUGGGGAGAGCUUGGGAACAGUGCAGCGGCUCGAUGUCGCCGGCCGUGGCAUCAAAACGGUCGUGGGCAUGGAGUCCUGCACCGGCCUCACCCGGCUGGACGCCUCCGACAAUGGCCUUACGUCCGCCGACGGCAUAGCUGCGCUGCCUGCCCUGCGCUGGCUUUCCCUAGCCGGGAACCAGGUGGAGAGCAUCGAACCCUUGCGGUCCUGCGAUUCUCUGGAGGUCCUCAACAUCGCCAACAACCGUUUAUCUGGGAAGGUGGGUUUAGGCAGGCUCAGCCGGCUGAAGGCCCUGGUGGCCAACAACAACGCCAUCACCCUGGUGGGGGCGCUGGACCGUUGCAAGGAGCUCAACACGCUCAUCCUGUCCCACAACGCGGUCGCGAGUGUGUCGGGCUGGUUGGCAGGGGCGGGUCCCCUGCAGAAGCUGCAACUGUCCCACAACAUGUUAACCGACCUCGGAAACGCUCUUAGCCACCUCACCAAACUCAAGGAGCUGCGCCUGAAUCACAACAAGCUCACCAGCUUCCCUGCUGACCUCAGCGCCUUGGCCAGCCUGAGGACCUUGGAAGCAGGGUCCAAUCCGAUUGCCUCCCUGGAUGCCUUGCAGCCCCUGGCCGGCCUUCCUGCCCUGCGCCAGCUCAGCUUAAAGGGCUGCCCAGUUGCGGCCCUGGAGAACUACAGGUCCCAUGUGCAAGGCCUCCUGCCAAGGCUGCAGGUACUGCAGAGGAUUCUGUGGGGCCACUGA